UCGGACAGUCGGUCGCCCGCAGUGGACUUUGACCGUGAAUUGCUAUUUAAAAAAUAAAACGUAAUGGCAGGAGCGUGAGGCGAAGUGAGCAGAGAACAAAGUGGUAGUGUGAGCCGGGGGCGGACUGUGGACCCGUGCGGCGCCGAGCGCCCUGCCGUUCCUUCGGUGUAUGCAGCCUCUUCUGUUCAUUGAAACUUUUAAAUUGAAAAAUGAUGGAAUUGCUGAAAAUGCCAUGUAUAAUCACUGUACAGGUUGAUGUGGUUCUAGCCAUUCUUACUAUUCUGGGAAUUGGAAGCAGACUGUGGGGACUGCAGUAUCCUAGAGCUGUUGUGUUUGAUGAAGUUUAUUAUGGACAAUUUGUUUCACUAUAUAUGAAACAAAUGUUUUUUAUUGACGACAGUGGACCUCCUCUUGGUCACAUGAUUCUGGCUCUUGGAGCUUAUCUUGGUGGUUUCGAUGGAAAUUUCACCUGGAAUAAAAUCGGUGCAGAAUACACAGGGAAUGUCCCAGUUUGGAACUUGAGGCUGUUUCCAGCUCUGGCUGGAGCACUGUGCAUCUCACUGGCAUACCAGAUUAUCAUAGAGCUCAAGUAUUCUCACACCUCUGCUCUUAUUGCUGCCCUUCUUAUCAUGUUUGAAAACUCCUUAAUAACCCAGUCACGGUUUAUGCUUCUGGAAUCAAUUCUUAUUUUCUUUGCACUGCUGGCGGUUUUGUCUUAUCUGAAAUUCUACAAUAUGCAGAGAAGCAGCUCAUUUUCAGUGAAAUGGUGGUUUUGGCUUUUCUUAACCGGAACAGCAUGUGCAUUUGCUGUUGGGGUCAAAUACAUGGGCUUAUUUACAUACAUACUUCUGUUGGCUAUUGCUGGAACACAUACAUGGCAAUUAAUUGGUGAUACGACAUUAUCAAAUGUCACAGUGCUUUAUCAUGUUCUGGCCCGUGUAUGUGCACUUUUAGUCCUCCCAAUAAUCUUAUAUCUGGGCUUCUUCUACAUCCACCUGACUUUGUUGUACCGUACUGGGCCACAUGAUCAAAUUAUGACCAGCAUGUUCCAAGCCAGUUUGGAGGGUGGCCUAGCAAGAAUCACACAGGGUCAACCUCUUGAAAUAGCCUAUGGGUCCCAGAUUACACUGAGGAAUACUUGGAGUAAACCUGUUCCAUGCUGGCUCCAUUCACACAAGAACAUGUAUCCAAUCAGGUAUGAUGGUGGAAGAGGUAGUUCCCACCAGCAACAAGUAACAUGCUAUCCUUUUAAGGAUGUGAAUAAUUGGUGGAUAAUAAAGGACCCUGGCAGACAGGAGCUGGUUGUCAGCAAUCCACCUCGUUCAGUCCGCCACGGUGAUAUUGUGCAAUUAGUCCAUGGAAUGACAGCUCGUUACCUUAACACGCAUGAUGUUGCUGCUCCUAUGAGUCCUCAUUGGCAAGAGAUUUCUUGUUAUGUUGAUUACAACAUUUCAAUGACAGCACAGAACCUCUGGAAAGUAGAAAUUGUCAAUCGUGAAACUGAGAAUGACGUAUGGAAAACUAUAUUAUCAGAAGUAAAGUUUUUACAUGUGAACACCUCUGCAGUAUUAAAGCUAAGUGGUAUUGCUUUGCCUGAUUGGGGCUACCGCCAACUGGAGAUUGUUGGAGAUAAAAGGUCAAAGAUAUAUCACCAGAACAUGGCUUGGAAUGUUGAAGAGCACCGAUAUGGAAAAAGUGAGGAGCAGAAGGAGAGAGAGUUAGAGCUUCAAACUCCAGCACGGAUGGAUGUCAGCAAGAACAUGAGCUUUAUGGCCAAAUUCCUGGAAUUACAACUAAAGAUGUUGAUGUUGAAGAAUGAAGAGACUGAGCACAAGUAUAGCUCUUCCCCUCUAGAGUGGAUGAACAUGGACACCAAUAUUGCUUACUGGCUCCACCCCAGCACCAAUGCACAGAUCCAGUUGAUUGGAAAUAUAGCAACGUGGUCAACAGCAACUGUUGGAAUUCUUGUUUAUACAACACUUUUCCUCUGGUAUCUACUACACCAGCGCAGGAGAAUCUACAUAAUUCCACAAGAUUCCUGGGAACACUUGGUACUGGCUGGAGCUGUCUGUACUGGAGGAUGGGCUGUUAAUUAUCUACCUUUCUUCUUGAUGGAGAAAACUCUUUUUCUAUAUCACUAUCUGCCAGGUCUCACUUUCAAAAUCCUUCUCCUACCUAUCGUUCUUGAGCACAUUCACAAUCACAUUCUCAGGUCUUCUGUCUCCAGAAACACAUUCAGUGCCGUGGUCUUAGCUUGGAUCUCUUCUGUCUACUUUGUGUAUCAAACGUUUAGUCCUCUCACCUAUGGGUACCCAGCUCUUUCAGCAUCAGAGUUAACGGCACUGCGCUGGAAAGACAACUGGGACAUUCUAAUACGUAAACGGUAGCAAGCAAUUAAUGAUUACCAAAGCAGACAGAACACAGCCUGCACAAGCACUUUAAAGUAUUACAGAUACGUCUAUUUACAUUAAUUUUGAAAUUGGGCAAAAAGGCAAAGAGUAAGGUUAUUGACUAUUAAUUGUUUCUUUUGUACUUGCAAUGAUCAGAUUUCUGAAAGUGCAGUGUCAUCUCAGAAUUAUUUCAUGUGUUGAAAGCUGUACAGUGCAUCCGAUGUGGGACCAUCUGUUUGCCUCUGAUGCUGGGCAUAAAGGAAAAUUCUUAAGUGCUAAGCUUAAAUUAAGCUAUUAGCAUGACCCAGUGGUUAUUACACUAUAGUUUGAGUCAAAUUUCCAUGACUUAUAAGUGUUAAAGUGUUAUUAUAAUGUCCUGCACACCUUAAUAAUUAUGAUCGAUUUUGAAAGUUCUUCAUUAUUGUGCCAGGUUUAGUGCCUUAUAACAACAGAAUAAUUACUGCCAAUUUUGCCUAAGUAUCAACUGUUGCCUGAUUGUGAAAUGGCACAAAGAGCUUGGGAAGAUAUCUAUGGUAUAAUCGGUUUCAUUAAAGGAUCUGGAAAUACAUGAGAAGAACAAUAUUGCUGUAUGCCAUUUUAAUUGCUUGGAAGAAUAGUUCUCAAUUUUCUGUAAUUAUUGACAUAGAAUUGUUUUUUGGACUAAUGAACUACUGUACUAGUGCAAUUAAUUCCAGAAUUUCAAACUAUCCUUACCUUUGCUCUAAAUAGGUUUACGUUGUUGGCGUUAAUAUCAGGACUACAGACUGUAUACAUGAAAUACAUCAUUGUUACUAAUGUUUGUAUGCAUUUAGAUUAUAUAUUUGCAGCAUAAACAUUAAAGUUCUGUUCUUUUGAGGUAAA